UACUCAUUCACAUGAACCAAUACCCCUACACCCUACCAUUUAUAAUCCAGUAUCAAGAUUUUGUAAACAAAUCAACAUACAAGUUCGAUCUAUAACUCUAUUCAUCUCAAUAGAUCAAAAUGCUUUCAAACCCACAAAACUCACCAUCUUUCUUACUAGACAGAAUCAACACAACCACCGUAACCGGCGGCUCUGGCGCCUGUGGAAACACCAUCUUACAACCCACCACCACUAUUCCGAUACCAGACUCCGUCGCACGCCACCACAUCCACCCGGUAAGUCCCAACCAGUGCUGCUCCGCCGUGAUCCAACACAUCAACGCCCCAAUCUCCGACGUAUGGUCCGUCAUCCGCCGCUUCGACAACCCACAAGCCUACAAACACUUUGUCAAAAGCUGCCAUGUCAUCAACGGAGAUGGUAACGUCGGAACCCUAAGAGAAGUUCAUGUCAUCUCCGGCCUGCCCGCUGCCCGUUCUACUGAACGUCUUGAGAUUUUAGAUGAUGAACAACAUGUUAUAAGUUUUAGUGUUGUUGAUGGUGAUCACCGGCUUGCUAACUACCGGUCUGUUACUACUCUUCACCCUACACCGGCCGGUGACGGAACGGUGGUUGUUGAGUCUUAUGUUGUCGAUAUACCACCGGGGAAUACUAAGGAAGAAGCGUGUGUGUUUGUAGACACUAUUGUGAAAUGUAACUUGCAGUCGUUGGCUCAGAUCUCGGAGAAUAAACUCCGGUGAACAACAACUGCUGCAACAACCGUACCAGUAAAUCCCACAGAUUGGAGAACAUGAAUUGAGAGUACCCGUCUCGGAACAAAGUACAUAAGUUUAAUAAUUGUGAAGAUUCAGUCGAUUAAAACCUUCUUUAUCUGUUUUGUUGGUGUAGAUUUUCAUCAUCAAAAGUUUUGUGAAUCCAUGUAUGUCACUUUUUUGAAGGUUGUAUUGCAGAACAUGAGAAAAUGUGCUGGAUCUUGUUGUUCUUGUUCUUGUUAUUGUAAAUUGCAAUAUUUGCAGCUAGUUGGUUUCUUUUUUCCUAUUUUAUUGAUUCGAAAAAAAUGAGAUUAUUAUAAUUUUUGUAUAGUGAUUUGCAAGAUCUACCAUUGAGUUCUUUCAUCUAUGCAAUAUUAAACUGUGACAUUUUUUUUUAA